GCGCGCAGCGGGUGAGCCACGCCGAGCGGCGCCGAGCGAGGCGGCCGGACCGCGAGCACCCAUGCUGCUGACGCUGGCCGGGGGGGCGCUCUUCUUCCCGGGGCUCUUCGCGCUCUGCACCUGGGCGCUGCGCCGCUCGCGGCCAGCAUGGACCGACUCCGACUGCCUGAUGAUCAGCACCAGGCUGGUUUCUUCAGUGCAGGCUGUGCUGGCCACCGGGUCGGGCAUCGUCGUCGUCCUAAGCUCCUGCAGCGACGUGGUCAACGGCAGGCACUGGCUUGCCCGAGAAUAUGUCUGGUUUUUGAUUCCAUACAUGGUCUAUGACUCCUACGCCAUGUACCUCAGUGAAUGGUACCGAACCAGAGAUCAGAACCAUGGACACUCCACCACUUUUAGAAACUUCCUAAGUCAAAACCGCCUCAUGAUCACGCACCAUGCGGCCAUUCUAUUUGUCCUUGUGCCAGUUGCACAGAGGCUCCGGGGAGACCUUGGGGACUUCUUUGUCGGCUGCAUCUUCACAGCAGAAAUGAGCACUCCAUUUGUGUCACUGGGCAGAAUUCUGAUUCACCUAAAGCAGCAACACACCCUUCUGUACAAGGUGAAUGGAAUCCUCACGCUGACCACCUUCUUCUCUUGUCGGAUCCUUCUCUUCCCCUUCAUGUAUUGGUCCUAUGGCCAACAGCAGGAACUGAGCCUGCUCCAGGUGCCAUUCAAUAUUCCUUUCUUCUGCAAUGUGGCCAAUGCCUUCCUCAUCGCUCCUCAGAUCUACUGGUUCUAUCUGCUGUGCAGGAAGGCAGCCCGGCUCUUUGACACUCCCCAAGCCAAAAAGGAUGGUUAAAUGCUCCCAGGAGUCAGGCAGUGAGGGUGCCUCCUCCACUCAGUAUUCCACGGACCAAAUCGUGCCCUGGGUGGGCUCAGCCUUUUGGAUAUUGAUAAGCAGAUGGAUUUGAGUUUUUCUAAAGAAUAUUCUUAUUCCCUCCCUCUUCUAACCUGCCCCUUUUGCAAAAAAAAGCACUUUUUUUUUUUUUUUUAGUAACAACUAUUGAAUCCUGUCAGACCUC